AUGUUUCUCCGAUUUGGUUCGUUUGUCGCCAUAGCCGCAGUUGCUCAUGCCGUGACGGCCACGCCCAUCACUGUCGAUCUCGGCUAUGCGUCGUACUCAGGCGUGCACAAUGCCACCACCGGCCUCAACGUCUGGAAGGGCAUUCGUUAUGCAUACCCCCCCGUCGGCCGUCUCCGAUGGCAGGUGCCGCAGUCGAUUGAGAGCAGCAGCAGCUCGUCCCAGAAUGCUUCUCAGACACCCGUCCUGGCUGACCGUUUCGGACCUGCCUGCCCACAGUCGCUGUCCCAAUACCCGCGUACGACGCCCGCGUUCACCCCCGGCAACGAGGACUGCCUGUUUCUGAACGUGUACGCACCCGCCAACACAAACGGCAGUCUCCUCCCCGUCCUCGUUUGGAUCCACGGUGGCGGCUAUGGCCAAGGCGACGGCACCCAGGACAUGUCGGGGCUGCUGACGGCCACCGCCCAUGCCCACCCCAUCGUGGCCGUCUCGAUCCAGUACCGCCUCGGUGCUUUCGGAUUUCUGGCGUCCAAGGAAAUCCACCGCCGUGGCCAGCUCAACGCCGGCCUGCUGGACCAGCGGGCCGCCUUGGAGUGGGUGCAGCGGCACAUUGCUGCGUUUGGGGGCGACAAGGCAAAGGUCACGCUUUCGGGCGAGUCCGCCGGUGCCGGUUCGGUGUUGCUGCAUACCGUGGCAGCCAGCGGAUCCGGCGGCGCAGAUGCCCAGCCACUGUUCCAGAAUAUCUGGACCGCCUCGUCGUGGAUCCCAACCCAGCCGCGGUUCGACAGCGCCGUCCCGGAGCGCCACUAUGCCGACUUUGUCUCCGCCGCCGGCUGCAACGCGUCGGCGGACGCCUUCGCCUGCCUCGUCGCCCAGGACAGCCUCACCCUGCAAAAGGCCAGCAACUUGGUGUCGUCGACGCCGCCGACGCCCAUCGGCAACUGGGCCUUUGUGCCCGUGACGGACGGCCAGUUUCUGACAGCACCGCCGAGUGCCCUUCUUCUCGGUGGCGGCGCUGGUGCUGGCGCCAACGGGAGCCGAACCGACCUCCACGGCGUCAACGCCUUUAUCGGGAACAAUGCCGACGAGGGCGUGCUGCUGGUGCCGUCCAACCUGCACACGGAGGCCGAUCUGCGCACUUGGUUGCAGGCCUACUUGCAAGAGCUCGGCCCGGACGACAUUGACGCGAUACUGGCAAAGUACGCACCGGCCAACGGCGGCACCAGUGCUGCCACCAGCGUGCAGCAGAGGGCCUAUAACCUCUAUGCCGAAGUCGCCGUCGUGUGCCCGAGCUACUGGCUCUCGACGGCGUUUUCGAGCAACAACAGCACUACCACAAGCCGCUCGUCGUAUCACUACCAGUACUCCGUCCCCUUUGCGGCCCAUGGCGCCGACCUGGCCGCGUACUGGGGACCGGCCACACCAAACCUGGGCCCGGAAUUUGUGCAGGCGUUUCGAGAGAGCAUCGUCGCCUUCGUCGCCACCGGCAACCCGUCGAUCCCGCUGGCGGUGGCCAACGGGGCCUCAUCGGCAAACAAGACGGCCCCGAACGCUGCGGCCCAGUGGCCUUCUUGGGCUGCUCCCCAUGGCGGCCACGCACUGGUCAACCUCAACCAGACGACGUCGUCAUCCCUGGCGCCUGUGAACCAGUUCUCCGCCGAGGACGCCGAUGCCUGGGAGGGCGGCCGGGGUGAGCGUUGUGCCUUUUGGCAGCAGCUGGGUGCAAAGAUUCCGGAGUGA